AUGAAGUCUCGUCUGGCGCCAUCCAAUCAGAUCGUGCAGCUACAACCGCAGCGUGAACAGGGGAGGAUGCACCUAUUCCAGUUGCACAAUGCUGAGAAAGGACAGGCGAAACUCUGGACCACCAACGGGAAAUUGGCAAACCGUGGGAGGCUGUCAAUGGGCUGCUAUGGUUCGACAAUACACAAACAGCGGGGGUCGUGGAUACAGAGGCUGCCAGGUAGGGGGUCUCCAUCAAGUCUGAUGCUGUUAGCGCUGCAUUUCUUUGCUGUUAUUGAUACAAAGUCUUAAUGUAUUAUUUAUUUCAGCUGUUUGCGUGCAGUUACUAAACAUAGUCAUGAAUUUGGCUCUUAUGAUCUUUCAGGAUGUCGGUCAUUGCUAUCCGACAGUUUCAGGUGCACUUUGCCAAAUUUGCGAAUCACUCCUGCAGGUGGUUUUUAGAAAUGUGCAACAGCUCUAAGUAGUCCAACAAAAAGCAAAGAGGAUCUUUGUUAACAGGGGGAAAUGUCAUGUAGCAUUAACUUAAAAGUAAUUUUGUAUUCAUUUCACUGCGGGACGUAGACCAGGAGCAGAAAUGGCUAAUACGCAGAAACUGCAGGUAGCAAAGUGGACGAAAAACUCUCCUGGUGUUAGUUUGAUCCAGGCCUUUUAUUUUUAAACCCAGGGGUGGAUUUCUCUUUUCAUUUUGCUCUGACCAAAGGAGAAGCCGGGGCUUCUUGCAGCUCUGUGAAAGAUGGAGGGCUUGGUGGGGGCGCACUCUGUUUUUUUCCAAGCACUGCAGGUAGCCAUUAUGGUCAUCGUUCCUCUAAGCUUUUUCUUCCAACAAUGUGUGGUAGCUGCCUACAAUUAAUCUCUUUCUAGCCUGUUCAUGAGAUGAUAAUGAUUUGCAAUUCUUCCUUUUAGCAGUUUACUUAAGCUUUAAAUGUCUUUUUUUCAUAUCCUUACCCCUCCCUCGCUCAGUUCCAGUCCCUCUAUCAAGGGGUCUCUGUGGGACGCCAUUCCACACACUGACCCCCAGUAGCGGUUGUGUCUGACUCUUCAAACCCCUGAAUCAAAUGUAUGCUGUCAGCAUGGCAAGCCACUUUUAUUAGCUACUGGCUGGAUGUUUUCUUUUUCAAAUGUUCUUUAUAGGCAGAUACUUUUGCAAAUGACGGCUUCCCAAAUGGUUGAUCAGCCCAGUGGGAUGGCUUUGUGCUCACCAGAGGAAUGGCAAACCUCUUGUUAUUAUUGUUGUUAAGACAAUAUUUCAUUAUGGGAACUUGGAGGACAGUGAAUAUGUUGUUAUAUUUUGUUUGUCAUUAUUACAAACCAGUUCAUUUAGCUGUGUUUUGGUCAUUUAGAUCAGAGGUUGUUGGUUUCAUUGUUGUUUUCGGAAAUGUUUAUAAGUUAAAAUGGGUAAAAAUAUCUGACCACUUAUGGUUUGAGUCAUUUUAUGAAAUAUAGCAGACCUUUUUACAUGCUCAGUCCUGUUUUCAAUGAAAAGUUGAAAAGCAAGUCAAAAGUGACACCAUGCCACUAGUAAAAAAAAAAGUGGAAUUGAGAGUUUUGAAGACUUGAUUUGGUCGCAGUCCCAUCAUUUUCAACUCAACAGCUCAAUGCCUAACCACAUGAUUGAACACCCUGACUUGACAUGAAAAAAGUUCUGGGCAAAUACUUUGGCAUUAGACGCUGAAACUGUUUGACUUGAGUAGACACUUUAAGGCUUAGCUCAAUUAUGAGAAACUGGAUACAGAUAAGUUGCCAAACAAUUUUUUUAUGUUCAUGCCACUGUGAUUCACCACAAUUACACUCCAGGUUAGUGGUUGCAGCAGUCAGAACUGCUGGAUACAAUGGAUUAAUUUGACAAUUAAUCCAGGCAAAAUGUCAAAAUUGAAUUUAGUAAAGAUGUUCAUUUGUGUAACAGUGCUUUUUUGUUGUUCUGAGGCUUGGUUUGGAUGUGUAUGACCUUUAUUUAUCCACGUCUUACAUCUACUAGCAUGACCUCCUCUUCAUGUAUUAAAGCAUCUUAAUGGGCGUAGACACCACCAUCCAAAGACACAGUCUGUUUAAUGUGAAACCAGCCAGCCCAGUGAAAAUGUGCUUAUUCAUGGUCAAUUCAAAGUCAGAGGGAAGGGUUUUCCCACUGCUUUGAAAAUACCCACCACAAAUGUUGCAGAGACUCUGUAGACAAUAAUGUCAGAUGGUUGCAGGGUGACAGGGUUUGUUGCAGAAAAACCGCUGUAGUGAGAUGAUUGUUGUUCUUGUAAUGCAGAUUUGUAACAUUCUGGUGAUGGGGUCACGAGUGGUGAGCUUUGUACCAUCUUGUUUACUUUCUGACCUUCAGGUUCUGGAAGAUGUAAAGAGCAUUGUGUUCAUGGUGAAUGGUGUAGUUUGAGCACGGAUGAUGUUUUGUAAGGGAAGGAUUAAAGGCGUGUUUACAUUAAGUAUUUCCCCAGCUAGUCUUGACCCAUGGAUCCAAUGUGUUGUAAAGCCUUGCUUGAUGAAGAAACCACUAAGUCCCUAAAGGAAAACCAUCACAACCUGCAGGGAAUUCAUUGAAAACAUAACGUAAAUAACUGUCAUUGUCAUUCAGAUCCACAAACAUCCCAAGGAAAAACACUGCCUGAAAUCAAUCACCAGAGACAUGUGUCACUAAGUUUCAUCUUGAGGUUGAUUGGACCACCCAGAGGUUGCCCAUUAAAAGUCAUACGGUUUCCAUUAAAGAAGUUCCAGGGUUACAACCCAAAGGCUGUCCCCCCUGCCCACCAACCCCACAGAUCUAGGUCCUGUGAUCUAUGGCUGGGCCCCUUCCCCAAAUUUCUGCAUUUGAAAGGAAGUAAAAGAAACAAGGCCCCUAGAUUGCUGUGGAGGAAAACGUCAUUCCCAACAGUUAGUUCCUCUCAAGGCGAAACGCACCAUCUGAUGACAAGUCAUGCAGCAGGCACUUCACUGAUCACUCAGACCCAGUGCUGGAAAUGUCUUUUGUGGCCACGUGAAGGUGGGGGAGCAGUGGCUGCAAAUUAAUUGCCCAUCACUUGUCAGCAUAGUGCAGAAAAACUAGCACUCUGCCACUGUCUUUUUUAAAAGUUGUCAGCCAAGGACAAUGAAUGCAUCCCAUUCCUUCCCCACCUUAGUACAUUGAUUUAAUAGAGUGAGACGUGGACCACAGACAGAGCUGUGAGAGCACGUACAGCAGCAAUGUGGUCAGGUUGUAAACACACAGACAUGAAGAGGAAGAGCGGGAUUACAAACAGGUUUGAUCUCCCCGGGGCUGUCCACAGCGGCUGACAGGGGAGGAGGGGAAAGGAAAGGAUGUGGGGGGAGCGGUGAUUUGGGCUUCUUUUAUUCACACCUCUCCCGUCAACUCUCUCUCCCUCUCUCUCUCACUUGCUGUCUUUUGCCGGCAGCGUUGUCAUUUAGGCUGUCCGGAUGCAACUCAAAGUCCAGCAUUGAAUGCAGCACUACAAUGAAGCUGGAGACAGACAAACAGGCAGACAAAUGCACCUGGAGGCAGAAGUCUCGGGAAACAGCUGAGACCCACCAAUUUGUUAACAGAACAAUUUCCAAUAGAGUCAUAACAUUAUUUUGCCCUCUUUUUCCAAUCUCUCCAUUUGUCUUUGUUCAUAGUUUUGAUAAAAUGCAAUUUCCUCGUCCAAGAUUGUCAAAGGAGAGCCAAAACCGUCUUUAAUGCCAAAGAAAUCAAAUUGAAUCCCUUUUUAUCGUUUUAUUUUCAAAAGAAUCAAAUGUCUCUUUUAAUUUGAGUGAAAUUGAGUUUUAUUUAUCUUCAUACAGUUGUAAUAUUAUCCUCUUUGUUCAUGUCCUAUUGGUGUAGGAACACGUAGGAAUAGGAUGAUCAUAAGAUAAUGGAUAAGAUAAAGCCUUUUUACUGAUGAUGAGUCCCAGUGUGAGGAUGGCAUGGUCCAGGGAUGAAGAACCAUCCUCCCCAGCUAAUUUAGAUUGGAGACUUAAAAGUCUACCAUAGCUAGAAAGUGAAUCGUGUCCUUCAAGUUAAUGUGUGACAUCUAAUAUCAUUUGUGGCUGAAAGGCAAAUGUCUUCUAAAAAGAGUAAUUGUACAUCUGCAGGAGAAAUAUGACCUAUCGUUCAAAUCCCAUCUCCUUUAACAAAUUAGGGUGUUAAAGGGAGGGUAUGUUAAUGUGGUGUGAUUCAAAUCCAUCUUCAUUAUUGCAUGCAGUUUAGCUGUGAAACUAUUUUAAUGAUUCACUGUAGAUUCAACUCUCCACAUUAGAUUAAUCAUUGCAGAAUAGUGUAAUCGCUUUUUAAAUAUUCAGAGUAUUUGAAUAUUUAAUGAAUUCCAUUCACGGAUUUCCAAAAACACAAGUAAGGUUUUACGUUGUAGCUGCCCAAAGAAAUUUGUUGCUACAUGUAGUGUAGAAAGUUGUGCUGGCAAGUGUUCAGAUGUGAAAGGGCUGAGCUGUAUAUGUAUGUGUUUAAUUAGUUCCCUUGGUAGUAAGCACUAUAACUCCAGAGAAGGUAUGAUAUCAUCACACAAAAUGCUGCUUUAAUUUAUUAGCGCAUUUCUUAUUGGACCAUUUCUGCACCAUGUGACCGCAUGUGUUGCACAUUGUAACCACUGUAGUAAAGGCAAAUCUGGAGCUUAUAGAAAAUCUGAUGAGUUUAUGGAUAUAAGAGAGUAUGAAGGAAAAGUUGAAGAAGAAGACGAAUGAUACAGUCCUGACAGUCAGUUCUGACACACAGACUCAUAAAAAAGAAAAAAAAAACACAUACACAUACACAUACACAUGUGGGCAUGCAUGCAAACAUCAAAUAGAGCUGGAACAUCUGUCAGACACUGGACCAGUGGUUGAGUUAAAAGAUGAGGAGGGGUCUGGUGAAUGCUCUGCUGUUCAUUUAUCUUGCAUUGCUGCCCAUUGGUUUUAAUUAUAGCUGCUUCUUUCAAGUAGGGAAUAGGCAUGCUUCAAAAACAGAGCAGUCCUUUUUGUGUUUUAUCAUUGUUUCUGUGGGAUUCUGGGUAAGGGGGCAAGGGGGUAUGCAUGUGUGUGCAUGUUUAAGUGUGUACAUACAUGUAUGAUCUUCACUUCAGCCUGCUCCCCUGUUCAUCCAUCUGUCUAUUUGCAUGUGCACACACAGUUUUGUAAUUGAUGAGCAUUUGGUAGUGUGUUUAUGAAUGUGUGUCAACGUGUGCUUCAUCAUGUAUGAGUAAAAAUUGGUCUGCCUUAUUUUCCCGGCACAGCUGCAAUUGGACUGGAUUGAUGUGUAACCCAAGCCGGCACUUUAAAGGGCGGGAGGCCUGGACAGACGUGGUCCUGCUAGUAUGCCAGAUGGGGCUUUAUGAUGAAAAGAGCAUAAUCCCCAUCCAGGCAUCACUUCCAUCGCUUGUGCACUACAAAGCCAUUCACAGAUUUUUUUUUAAAUGCGAGGAAUAAUCUCUUUUUCAACAGUCCUAAACAGAGCUCAGUUUUUUUUUUAUGUUCUCGCCUGCUUUUCUUCCAAUCACUCUAUUUCUAUCUUUAUCUUCCCCUUCUCAUAUUUCUCUGUUUUUCACCCCUCUGUAUCUCCCUCAUCUCUCUCAUUGCUCCCCUCUCACCCACCCCCCAUCCCUUUGCUCUUGAAGACUUGCAAAUGUGGCAUUAGCUAAUAUUCAGAGAGCCAAGCAAGCGAUCCCUUUUCAUCCGCCAGGCCUUUUUCUGAUUGAGCUACAGUGUGUGCAUUAGAAAUGAGAGCCAUGCCCAAGCUGGCGAGCCCCAUGCCUCUGAUUGGUAUUCAAUAUACAUGUCACUGCAGGACAUGCUAGUUUUGGUCAAGGGGUUUCCUCCCUCCUUCUGUAACUCUGUGUCCCUAUCUCCUUCUCUCUGACUCUUAUCCUCUCCUGAUUCCACUCAUAGAAAUGGCUUGUUUAGCUUCUGUCAUAUUGCAAGAAGGCAGCAAAUUGGACACUGGGGCAAUAAAUGGGCAUGUACUGGCUUGUACUGUAAAACUGGUUGGCAUACUUUUCCAUCUUUGUGGCAAUAAGCCGCAAAGAUUGAGACUGCACUCUAUAUUUGGACAUUUCUUUCUUUCCAGUGGUGAGAAGAAAUGAAGUAAAUUUACAUAUUAAAGUACAUCUUGUGGAGUAUUAUUCGGGGUUAAGCUCAUUACUUUGAUUCUUCUGUAUUGAGGACUGAUCUGAAAGACAACACACUGUUUACUUCUGCCUGUGAUUUGUCUUAGUGGUGUAGUUGUAUCUGUAUGUCAUGUAGCUCCAUGCUUUAACCUAUUUCAUUUUAUUUAUCAUAUUUUAGUGUUUAUUUAACAGGGACAAUACAUACAACAUUGCCACAAGAAAUGGAAAAUGUGAUGCAUACAAAAUGUCUAGCUUCAGCUCAUUUGCAUUCUUUGUCCCUGGUCAGGCUUAAGUGUAGGAUAUAAUCAGUGCUUAAUUUGUCCUCCAGGAGGUGCUGGGUCCCCCUCUGGAGCGCGUGUGCGCGCUGUAAAAAUAUGCUUUUUUUCUCAGGUUUUUAAAGCGUUUUUUUUUUCUUUUUCACCUUAAUUUCCGCACCUAUCUAGUAUAACAUUUGUAGCAACAUUUGACACACCAUGUGGCCCAUCAGAACACUUGGAAUCAAUUUGGAAUGAGCAAUAAAAAUAACUGGCAUAUUGCAAACAAACAUAUUUUUAUUGUUAACAGAUUUCUUUGACACCAGUAAAGCCAGUCUUACUCAUUGGGCUCUAUUUUCGUGUAUGCCAGUGAGGCGGCGGGAGGGUGGCGGACCCCACGCAGUUGUAUUUUUGUCUGGCGGAGCCCGGCGUAAAGGCAGUUUGGUAUUUUCGUGGACUGAGGCGCACCGAGAUCUGCCAAGUUGGGUGUGGUGGCAUUGCAGGGGGAAGUGUCGACAGAACCAGCUGGCGCAGUGACAUUUUCGUGUUCGCCGGUGGCGUAUAACGUGCGCUGAAAGCUCACCGAUUCAAACCUGGUCAGCUUUCAGCGCAGGCGGAGCGCAGCUGGUCUAGUGGUAUUUUGGAAGACCUGCGGCGUAUCGGCACUGAUGCCUCACCGGCAGGUUUCCACAGUGUCAGACACAUUUCAGUGCAAUAAAUAAUCAACAACAACUAAUAAUCUGAGUCAGCACAUACAUUUAGAUCUAUAUAGAUAUAUUCUGAUCUAUAUAUGAUCUGAUGAGCGCGUUUGGCACGCAUUUGGCCACUCAACCUGACCAAAUCAACACAGCUGAAACUGCAUUAAAUUAAUGUAAAUAUCUAGUAAAUAGACACGCAUGAUGAAGUCAACAAGAUAUGUAAUUCGUCUCCCUCCUUUUCUUUCUUCCUCUUCCUCUUAUUUCUCGGGCAGCUCGACCUGAACACGUCUCCGUGUCCUCUCCCCGUCCUGCUGCAGCUGCUGCUGCAGCGGCUGAACAGAUGAUUUGUUUUAGUGAUCAGAUAAGUUUUUUACUUUAGGACCACAUACGAAUAUUAUCAUAUUCAGUUUUGUGAGCCAACUUUAUUUUAUAUGCCAAUAUCUAUGACAGAAAGAGCCAGGCCACGGAGCGCGAUUCAUCAUUAUGCACAGAAGGUUCACAUUUUAAUGCCAUUUUUGUAAUUUGUGAUGUGAUCUGUGCGCACAACCCACCUUUGUCAAGUGAGGUUUGAAUAUGUGCAACUUUAUGUGAGUGUCUUUAUUUGUGGAAAGGGUGUUUGUCUUACUAGUGGGUCCAACAUUACACACACCAAAUCUAUCUGUGCUCAUAUGUGAGAGUGUGGAGGAGACCCUCUGCAGCACUUACAGUGACACUUGUUGAGGAGCUGCCUUCUGUCUCCAUCGUGUGGCAUUGCUGUCUUCAGACAUCUCUUGAUCUCUUUGACUACUUCACGAAAAUUGUAAUACGCCUCGCCGGUGGCGGAUUUAAAGGCGAGGAGAGGAGCUGAUGUUAUUGGUCAAUACAGGUCUCGGCUGUGUUCAACCCACUCCACGCCCUCUCUCCUCCCUCGCUACGACUUAAGCCACUGGGAGGAGCUAAGUUAGGGAGGGGGGAUACUUACGCCGGGCUGCGCUACCAAAUUGUGCUUGGGAACACCUUGUCGGCGAGGCGGACCUGACUUACGCCGCACGUGCGCCGCGUCGCCGGUGAGGCACAAAAAUAAAGCCCUUAGUGUGUCACUGUCACCUAAGCACCACAUCAGAAAAAUAAAAUACAAUAAAUUUAACAAAAACCUGAGAAUAUAAGAUAAAGAAAAAAAUUAACAAAAAGGUCUCUAUUUGGAAGGAUGAAAUUGAAAACAUAAAUGACCAAACAUCACUAGAAUGAUGAGUUGUGCACACUGCACAGUAAUAAUGUAUCCAACCAAACUUGACAGGCAGCAGAUACAGUUUGAUUAAAUGUCCUGUCUAUUUGCCACGUUGUUGUGUGCUUUGUCCAUGAAUAACUUUAUGCUUGUCGACCGAUUACCUUCUCUUGUACACUGUAGUCACCACAAAGGCCUCCCAGCUCCCCUCCUCCUGUCUCUCUGACUCACUGGCUCUCCUGUCCUCGCUCCAUGUAGUUUCCCAUCAAAUGGAGGGGAAAUUGAAUUAGGGUUGAAUGUUUUAAAACAAUCAUGCAAGUUAAAUUUAGCACUAACAUUAAUAAAGUGCCAUAUUGACAGUGUUCACAUUUCUGCUGCUGCUUAAGCCAGUGUUUAGCUUUAACCUCUUUAGUUCUGUUUGGGAUUUGGUUUCUAAUGGUAGAGAAUUCCAGAGGUGUGUACCUUGCACUGAGAGGGAUGAUUGGCCAAAUGUUGUCCUGCAUCUUUGAAUCUUAACAGUUUUGCUUGAUUAUUCCUCCUUGUCAUUGUCUUACAAUUGUCUGUCUUAAAAAUCUGAGACAUCGCUUGUGGGGCCAGUCCAUUUACACACUUAAAGACAACUUCAAAAAAAAAAAAAGGGGGGAAUUUUAUAAACUUGGAUAAAGUGAACAAAUUAUAUUUCUCAAUGAUUUUGCAAUGGUGCCAUUUUUGUGGCUUCUGAUCUAAAAAAUUUUAAAGCUUGUUUAUGGAGUGAGAAUAGAGGUCUGGCGGCUGAGUCAGUGGCCUGGCCCCAGGCAGUGAUUCAGUAGGACGGAUGGUAAAGAACAAUGGCAUGCAGGUAUAAAUGAGCUGCCUUGAAAGAGAGACAUGACCUGAUGAGUUUAAAACAGUUCAGACUAGUUUUUACACUUCUAAACAGCUUUUCUAUAUGUGUGUCAAACUUAAGUUGAAGAUCUAGCGUUACACCUAAAUAUUUAAACUUAUUUACCAUCUCAAUUUCUUUACUAUCAAUAGUGAUGUGAAAUUUCUCUAGGGCUUUCUCUCUUAUUGAGAAGCACAUUGAUACUGAGCAUUAUUUGUGGCUAUAGAGUGGCUUUUUGGUUGAGGUUUGCGCGUGGAGACAUAGACCGCUGUGUCUUGGUAUCGUGUGGUUAUUUUUGAAGUUGGUAUAGCUAAAGAAGCAAGCGGUCUGUAACAUUCAUCUAUCAAGGGGGUUUCUAACUUGGUGUUAUGGUGUGUUUGACCAUGACUUAAAUUUACACCGGACUAUCCCUUUAAAUAAAGUUGGAUGCAGUGUUGCGCAGGAAUGUGCUAAAAUGAUGCUUAUUUUGCAACUCAUGAAAGGGAAUGUGGUUAUAGUUCUUUUUAAGAGGUCUGUGGAGUUGCCGAGCACAGCGGCUGAGGUUAAAUGUAUGGCUGAGGACCACUUUGCAUUUUAUUGAUGGCAUUUUGAAUGCACAGAGAUACCGUGAUGAGAUCCUUGGACGCAUUGUUGUGCCGUUCAUCUGUGACCAUCACCUUAUGUUACAGCAUGAUAAUACACGGCCCCAUGUUGCAAGGAUCUGUACAUGAUUCCUUGAAGCUGAAAACAUCCCAGAUCCUGCAUGGCCAGCAUACUCACUGGACAUGUCACCCAUUGAGCAUGUUUGGGAUGAUCUGAAUCGGCAACUUUGCACAGCCAUUGAAGAGGAGUGGACCAACAUCCCACAGGCCACGAUCAACAACCUGAUCAACUCUAUGGGAAGGAGAUGUGUUGUACUGUGUGAGGCAAAUGGUGGUCACACCGGAUAAUGACUGGUUCUCUAACCCCUCCGGAUGCCCCCAAUACAGUAAAACUUCACCUUUUAUUGUGGCCAGUCUAAGGCACACCUGUGUAAUAAUCAUGCUGUCUAAUCAGCAUCUUGAAGUGUUUACUAGCAGGUUUAGACAAAUUUGUCAAUAGUAUUUGAGAGAAAUAGGUCUUCUGUCUACAUAGAAAAAGUCUGAGAUCUUUGAGUUCAGGUCAUGAAAAAUGGGAACAAAAACAAAAGUGUUAAAUUUAUAUUUUUGUUCAGAGUAGUUCAUCUAUGGACCACGAACUUAGUUAUAAUUAUUAGUGUUUUUUUGUUUUGUUUUUAUUUUCAUAAAGAGAGCUAUGAAUGGGAACCAGUUCAAAUUUCACAAAUUUUGAACUAGCUUACUUUUAGUGUACUUGCACAACACUGGUUGUCUGUUUUCUUGUAACUUCAUUUUCAUUUGAACUCUUUGGUGGGCUAUUCAUAUGGAAUUAUUACAUUAUAAGUUAAUAGUAUGAGUUUAGUUUUUUUUUUUUUUUUUUUCAGCAGAAGGGGCUUAGAAAAUGCAAAACAAGUCUCUGCCAAAGGUGUCUGACAUUUACAUUAAACUGAUUGUCUAUACAAUGAUAUACAGUACAGUAAAGAUGCACUGAAGGCACAUAACAUGUCCAGAGGCCUAUAUAUUAGUUGCUGACUGCUAUGGCAAUCAUACAAAGGAGGGCAACAAAUUAAAGACCUCUUGUGGUUUGUUUUUAUAAGGAAGCUUAACAUUAGCCCAUGUGCUCAAGAAAGUUAAAGUCACAGAAAUAUUAUAUUAUUUCACAAUUAUUGUUUCAAUAUACAGCAUAUACAUUCAUAUGACAGUAUGAAUGAGUGAUAUGAAGUGUAGUCUGUGCACGUGAGUAUUGCUGAUUGCCUCUGUCUAGAUUUUUCAUCUUAUCACAUUUAACCACUGUUGUCUUGUGCUUUCUUGAUGGGCUGUGGUGGCUGGUAUGAGGUUGAAUUUCAGUUUUGAGACAUGACUAUCACUAGUUCUACUCUGACACGCAAAAAGACAAGGAGACAUUAUUUUAGGAGUCCUGUCACUCUCAGCUCCCUGUGGUGUUGAAUGGUGUUACUCUGGUUUUGCUUCAUUUCACCUCUAGCCAAUACUAUGAUGUCAUUGUGGCUCCAGUCUUUAAAUAGUCUGUUAUAGUUCCUUUUUGGCUUGAAAUCUGAGGCAAUGUCAGUUUAAAAACUGUAAAUAAUGUUUUUUAAAUCAACAUAACUUAGCAGAAUGUGCUUUAUGUGUUCCUAAGUGCAUUCAUUAUGACAAUACAACAAUAUUUUUACAUGUGUACGUGUUGUUAAAAGCAAGUACUCUGGUAGGACACUUUGACUCCAGUGAUAAUUUUACUGAGCAUCUUGUAUUUGUAUGAGCGCAGCAUCUACAUUUUGAAUGAGGCAAUGGGGUUGUAUAUUAUAUUCCCCCACUGCCUCUUUCUUCACUGCAUGUUAUGGGCUACAGUAUGCUUCACAGAUGACUCUGCGGCAGCCUAAUUGUGCAUUAUAAUAAAAUGUAGGUCUCUCUUUAAUUUCCUCUCUACUCCAGUAAAUGUUGUGCAUAGUUUUGCUUGCAUAAAUUUAUCUAAAUAUAAUCAUCAAACAUCAUAAUUCUAAUUCACAUGGUGCAUUUUUGCAUAUAAUCUUCCCAUAAUAUUGUUUCUAAUGAAGUGAUUGCCUGCAGUGUAUAUCUGUGUCCCAUCCUGCGAGGUCCUCCACCGUCUUACACUCAGUUUGUUUUUGUAAUCAUGAAGCAAAUACAGCUGGUCCUCCCUCAUUCUUUCUGUUGCCUGUUUUUCUUCUUUUAAGAGCUUCACUGUGAGCACCAGGGGAGCCAGGAUUUCUUUCUGUCUUAGACUUACAUCACGCUUGCACAAUAUGUCAGGGAUUGGACUCACAUUUACAUGAGGUGCAGUUUGCAUGAAAACUGACAUGGCAGAAGUGGUGUGAGGCUUAAGCACAAGUUAGCGCUGAUAUUCCUGCUGGGAAUGGAGCAGUGACGUAUGCAGGAGCACCUGAGCAUCAGAAGAAGAUUUCCUGCUUUGAUUUCAACGUUGAUGUUAUUCUGAAAGAGAGUCCAGACAGGAACAUUAUCAUCCUGCAUGAGUACAACCCUUAUAUUUUCAUUUUUAAUGCAUGCUUAUACAUUUUUAAAGAGCAACAUCCAACUCUUUUAGUCAAUGGACAACAGAAAAGUACUUUACAUGAAGACUUAGUAUGAAGAGAUAUUCAUGUGAUGAAAGCAGGCUGCUUCUGCAGAUUGCUGAACACAUGGAUGUUUCUCACUCUGUAUUUUCUCUUUUAUUCUCUCUAUAAGGGGGAGGAAACAAGCGGGUGCUGUUGAUGGUGGUGGUGAGUCAAUAUUCCACCCCAACCCAAGACACAAUCGCUCCCCUCCCGCUGAAAUCUGAGGGCCUAUCUGUUGGUUUCUCCUUGUGGGCCUGGUUCCAGGUUUGCCUUGGCCCUCUUCCAGGUGUGGGAAGUGAAGUGUAAACAGUUUACAGAUCUGCUGUGGCUGGGGAGGGCUGAGGGCUUUAGCUGGGAGGAAUGUAACCUGAACACCACUUCACAGGGAGGCAGCACAGCGAGAUGGAGCAUUCAUGCAUAUUGUGUCAGGGCCGAACAGGAAACUGACCCAGCACUUCAAGGCAGAGCCGGCUGGUGAGAACGCCUGCUGACGUCAGUCUUCAUAAGGGGGGGGGGCUUCUUGGCUUUUGCCCCACAUUCACUCCUGAUACUUUACAGUAGAUGAAAUGAAGGUUUUCAUCUGCAGAGCAGCUGACUGCUGCAUAUCACACUGAAAUGUGAUUCUGCUUUACUUCUUUUCCUGUUGUAUCCCAACUUUAUUCCCUCAUCAUCAUAACUUUAACCUCUGCAGAAUUAUUUCAGUGACAGUCCCCAUCAAAUGUCAUUGGUGUCUUGCAGUAGCCCGUCAGAUAAUAAAAAGACCUAUUUUACUCAGUGUCAUCUUUCAUUGCGUCAGUCUUAGACACCUAUGUAGCUUUGCAUGAUCUGCAGCUCAACAAACUUAACAGCAGUGCUUAGCCUCUUACUUAAACACUUUUCACUGAUGUAAAGCAAGACACGGCUUGGCGGUGUCACAUUUCACCCAGCUUUAUGGUCAUGAAAAUACCCCAAAAUUAAGCCUUUACAGAAAAUGUCUGAGGUACAUUUUGGUAGCCGUUGUUAGUGGCUAUUGUCACAUAACCUGCUGUUCAAAUGUUUCUUACAGACUUUGGCUAGAUAAGCUAAGAUAAAUCAAUAAAUGGCAAACUCACUGGUUUGAACAACACUCUUUGAAACACCUUUUUUGAGGUAGAACGGAGGCAAAUGGUCUCCUGAUUCAGAGGUACUGUAUAAUACAGAGGUGCUGUAUUAUAUGAUCUCUACACAUAUUCACAGUCCUAUAAGUAAAAACACCAGCAGCAUAAGUUUACCGCAAACAUGUAGACUUCCGAUGUGUGCUAAGUCUGAUGGUCCAGUGGCUGGAUGAAGUGUUUUCAAUGGAAAAGCUGUAGUAAUUGCUUAGAAGUGCUCCAGUUUGCAGCAAAAUAUUUGACGGAUAAAUCAAAGCUGAUCUUUUUUUUUUCCGUUUGAUGAGGCUGCAAAUGUAGGAGCAUUUAUAGCAAAAAAAGCACAAGGAGAAAUGUUGUAUCAUGUUGAGUGUCUCUUCUCUGUUUCAUUCUGUUUUUCCAAACUGUCAGAUGAGUGUUUCUGCUGUUAUGCUAGUCUUGAGCAGACAUUUGUAUACAACAUAAAUUAAAAUGAAUACAGAUAAAGAAGACUACAUUCACCACUGCUAGCUCGACUCAGUAUUGACCAGUUUUGGCCAUUCCUUUUUUCUUUAAAAAAAACCCCAAACUCUGGAACUGUUAAAUUAGACAUAUGGCCAGCAAUGCUAGAUUAAGGAAAAGUCAGUGAUAGUCAUCCACCUGCACUGUAUAUUUUAUUUUCACUUGAAUGGGACUCAUUCAAAAGAGAGUUUUGCACAGUGGAGAAAAGUAGUGACAGUAUCUUUUAGGGUUGAGAUGGCCAUAUCACCCAUAUUCAUGAGCUCCACACACACACACACACACACACACACACACGGCUGCUGUAUUCAUCAUGCAUGUUUAAAUCACCUGAUGUCACAUGCUGUGCAUGAGCUGUUUCGUAGUUGAGAGUGAAUGCAGCUGAGUCUGCUGCUGCUGCAGCAGCACUGAAACUCAGUGCAGGAAAAUGAGGUGCUGGCAACAAAGAGCUUUGAGGAAGUAGACACGUAUCUCCAAGGACACAUACCACCCAGCAGAUCAAAGGACCUAGAGGACGUGUUUGAUGGGGAAACCACACUGGUUUUCAAAGCAUUGUAGUCCUGCAUCUCACCAGCCCACCAAGGCCCAUGAUAGAAAUUCUAAUAUGUGCGGCUGUCAGUUAAUUGAAGCCCCAUUCUGUCCCUCAGGGGACAGCAGCCUGGUCUUUGGAGAGUAUCUCCGUCCUGCUGCAUGUUUGUCGUUAAUUAUUAUUCCUCAAUCACCUCCUCAAUAACACUGUUUAUUGUCUGAGAGUGUGUUUGUGUCUUGUCACCAAUCUCUUGUCUUAGGAGGAGACACUGAUAUUUGACAGAGGAGAGAUCACAGCUCUCCACACAUUCACUCAUAUCAAAUCAGCCUACCUUUGGGGAUGUUGUGCGUUUGCUGUGGAGAUGUUUGGUUGUCAGUGUUGUUUCAUUUGAUCAUGGGGGGAGGACUCAGAGUGUGUACGUUUGUUGGGGUGUAUAAUAACAGAAUAUAUGGUGGAGGACACAAGGAGGACAAGAGAGGAGAUUCAGCUGGAGGUUUGAAGGUGAUUGUAUUUGGCAAAUCAGAAUCACUGAGUGUUUUACUGAAGAGAGACAAAAAAACACACACUCACAGAGAGACAGGGAGAACUCCUGUCAUUCCAGAGACAGAGACAUGCCCCGUUCCCCCCUGAGACAAGCAAUCUCCCAGACAGACAGAAAGUCAGCAGAAGAGAAGAGGAGGAGGAGGAACUGAUGAGUGAUGGCAGCCUGAGCUAUCUGAGCUGUGAGCCAUGUUUCCACUUAUGGCAGAUAUGUGCAGAGUAAAGUUUACACUUGAUCUCUGCAGAUAAUAUACACAGCUCAGCAUAUCAUGUGCCUAUCAGAGUAAUUCUGUCAGAAAGCUCAUCUGACAUUCACAAACUCAUGUUUGUUUGUCUGUGUAGAUGUUUAGAAGCAUGAUGCUGCAUUCUGCUGCUAAUACCAUCACGGAUGCAAAACACUCUUCCCAUGGCGGUGGGGAUCUAAAAUAAUGUUAUCCAAUCUUACCACUGUGUUCAAAGUUAGAAACCCUAUCAAUCAGUAUAUUCUGACAAACAUAUUCUGGUCAUGUCUUGUUUUAAAGUAAAUAUUUUACAUGUAAAAAGUAGAGCUGUUUCUUCAGCUGUUUACCUGACACCUCUUCACACCUGUUUCAGGCAUUCAAAAUUAGGAUGUCAAAAUUGUCAGUCCUUCAGUCCUCAGUCUCUUUCAUGAACAUUAAAACAAAAACUCACAGGAGGAUUUGAUUAUUUUCUGCACUUUAUACUAACUGUUGCAGUUUCUGAUUUAUUCUUAUUAAUUCCUAUUCCUAUUCCCUUCUACUGACAUUUGUAUUUUCAAGAGCAAGUGUAAUGCUGUAAUAAUCAAAUUUCCCCCUGGGGAUAAAUAAAGUAUUCUCAUUCUGAUUCCUGGAAGUGUAUUUUUUACAGUAACGUCAUCAAUGUAUCUCCUGGCAUUUUAAGUCUUAAAACUUAAAAACUAUUUCUGAAAGGAAUACAUGUUUUUAUAAACAUUAAAAUGAAGGCAUUCUUUCCUGACUCCACUUAACAAAAAUAAACACAACCCGAACAAAUUCGUCAACUCUCCCCCACUUACUGGUUUUGCAGCCAAGUCCAACUAUUGUUGUUGGGGUGGUACAGGAUCUCCUGCAUUAGUGGCAGUUCUCUGCUUCACACCACCUGGUGGGACUUUCUCUGUGAGUUUGACUGUGCUGUGAGUCCAAGGGCUCUAUUUUCGUGUACGCCGGUGAGGCCGCGGACCCUACAGCCAGUUUGGUAUUUUCGUGGACUGAGGCGUACGGAGGCGAACCGAGAUCCACCAAGCUGGGCGUGGUGGCGUGGCAGGGGGAGGUGUCGACAGAAUCAGCGCGCAGUGACAUUUUUGUGCUCGUCAGUGGCGUGUAUAGUGCGCUGAAAGCUCGCCAAUUCAAACCUGGUCAGCUUUCAGCGCAGGUGGAGUGCAGCUGGUCUAGUGGUAUUUUGCUAGACAGGCGGCAUAUCGGCAUACGUCACCGAUGCCUCACCGGCAGGUUUCCACAGUGUCAGGCACAUUUCAGUGCAAUAAAUAAUUAUCAACAACUAAUAAUCUGAGUCAGCACAUACAUUUAGAUCUAUAUAGAUAUAUUCUGAUCUAUAUCUGAUCUGAUGAGCGCGUUUGGCACUCGUUUGGACACACAACCUGACCAAAUCAACACAGCUGAAACCGCAUUAAAUUAAAUUAAAUAUCUAGUAAAUAAACACACAUGAUGAAGUGAACAAGAUAUUUAAUUUGUCUCCCUCCUUUUCUUUUUUCCUCUUCCUCUUAUUUUUCGCGCAGCUCGACCUGGACAUGUCUCCGUGUCCUCUCUCCGUCCUGCUGCAGCUGCUGAACAGAUGAUUUGUUUCAGUGAUCAGAUGAGUUAUUUACUUUAAGCCAACAUACGAAUAUUAUAAUAUUCAGUUUUGUGAGCCAAAUUUAUUUUAUAUGACAACAUCUAUGACAGAAAGAGCCAGGCCACAGAGCGCGAUGCGUCAUUUACGCAGAGAUGGUUCAGAUUUUAAUGCCAUUUUGGAGUUUAUGUUGUGAUCUGUGCGCUCAACCCACCUUUGUCACGUGAGGUUUGAAUAUAUGCAACUUUAUGUGAGUGUCUUUAUUUGUGGAAAAGGGUGUUUGUCUUACCGGUGGGUCCAACAUUACACACACCAAAUCCGUCUGUGCUCAUAUGAGAGAGUGUGAUGGAUGCCUUCUGCAGCACUUACCGUGACAUUUGUUGAGGGGCUGCCUUCUGUCGCCAUCGUGUGGCAUUACUGUCUUCAGACAUCUCUUGAUCUCUUUGACUACUUCACGAAAAUAGUAAUACGCCUUGCCGGUGGCGGAUUUAAAGGCAAGGAGAGGAGCUUAUGUGAUUGGUGAAAACAGGUCUCGGCUGUGUUAGACCCACUCCAAGCCCUCUCUCCUCCCUCGCCACGACUUACGCCGCUGGGAGGAACUGAGUUAGGGAGGGGGAAUACUUACGCCGGGCUGCGCCGCUCACCAAAAUACCAAAUUGUGCUUGGGAACGCCUUGUGGGCGCGGCGGACCUGACUUACGAUGUGCCUGUGGCACGUCUCCGGCGAGGCAUGAAAAUAGAGUCCCAAAUGUUUCUUCAAACUGGAUGUACUGUUUUUAAAGUAGAUAACAUUUUGUUGCCACUGCCAGCACAGAGUGUACAACGAACCUUAAUACUGUCAUCUUUAGCUGACCCAAAAACAAAAUAGUGACUGUAAUUCCAGCUAAAAAUGCACAUUUCUCUCCUCCCUCCAUUGCUGAUUAUGUUUGUGUCGCUGGCUAUGUAUUACAAAUGAGUUGAUUAUGCUAAAAAAGGUGACUUGUCGCAUACAUGACGUCAACCCCCGACAUGCAGGAAGAAAGCAAAUAUAUCUUUUUACUGAGGAAAAUGACAAAUAUACUAACACGUAGUGACUUGGAUAAGUAACUUCAGUCAGAUUACUGGUGUGGCAAAGGUAAUGUGUUUGAUUACUGUUUACUUAAAAAAUGGUCAUAUCAGGGUAACGCAUAACUAAGUAACACGUCACUGGCAUCACUGGUGCUAACUUUGUUAAAGUCACUAGCUAACAUGAUAUAAAAGUAGACACCGGUGACUAUUCUGUCUCUGACUAUUUUUAUAAUAGUAAUUUGUAUUUAAUGGUUCUCAGUUACACAUUUGUCUGCAUUGGUGUUCUACAAGGCUCAAGAUUGGAGCAGCUCACAUAAAAUACAAAACUUUAAUCAUUGCUUACAAAGCAGUAACCAAAACUGUUUCUGUUUACCUGGACCCUCUCAUCCAGGUCUACACCCCUUCUUGUCCACGCCACUCAGCCUAAGAAAGGCACCUGGUGCUUCUAGCACAUCAGGCCCCUAAGUCACUCCUCUGUUGUGCCUAAAUGGUAAAAUGUUAAAAUGAAUUACCCAACUCCUUUCAAAAAGCAGAGUUCCUCUCUACUUUCAAAAGACAGCUAAAGACCCAGCUCCAAAACUUUAUUCACUAUGUUCAUUACCUUUAACACUGCAUGGCAGUACCUGUGUCCAAAUAGACUUGAAAUUCUUUGUGGCUCUUACUGAUCUUUUUUUUUUUUUUGCCUAGAUCUUUGCUUGUGUUGUUCUUGCUCCUGAAUGCCUUGGAUAAAAGCAUCUGCUAAAUGACGUAACUUUGGGAUGUUUUUUUUUUUACAUUAUCACCUUUGGACUUCGGAUUGGAUUGGGUAAACCAUGUAUUAACUGUUCUUUAAACCAAGAAAGGGGAAGGAUAACCUCUCCAUUGAUAUUGCCUAUCUUUGGUUAUUACGAUAUUGUUUAGCUGGACACCUCAGACAUUUACCUCAAGCCCUUUGAUGCUGCACACAGUUCCCUUUGUAGAUUUGUUUAAAAGAGCUCUUAGAAGCACACCGCUACUCAAUGUAUGAAUUGCAAAAUUUACUUUUACCUUAACUCAGAUAGUAGUUUCACUAGGUUUAUUUUUCAGUAUUGUCCACCACAUCCAACAUAGUUCCUGUUCCAUAUUCUUCUUCAUAUCCACUCAUACAGUAUGUAUCAUCUCUAUUUCAUUGCUCCCAGAAUCUAUAAUGAAUUUGGUCAUUUAGAUCUAAAGCUGCAUCCUCUUGGUAUAAUCAUCCCUCCCAAAUAACAUUCAUUAACUCUUUCCACUGCUGUCGAUGAUAUCUAUUCCGUCAUUUAUCCUAUGUUGAAUUUUAUUUUUUUUGUAACCAAAGACAAAGUGCUCUUCUGCUCUACUCUGUUGUACCUUGUUUCUUAUCAAGAUCCUUGUUCAGCAGCUGAGAGCUGCGGAUGGGAGAGACUCAAGUUAAGGAGAACUAUUUGUUAAGUAUUGUGGUAUUUAUGUAUGUGCUUUACUAUGUAUUUGUUUAAGGACCCCCUUGAAAAUGAGAUGCCGCAACUCAAGGGGCUAUCAAUAUAAAUAUAUAUGAAAUUUUAAACAAUAUUAUUGUAACUGUUACCCAGGGAGAGGCUGUAGGAAUAUGGUCUUUUGCAGUGAUAGGAUAGUCUGUGUGCAGCUGUGUCAGCCUGGAUCACUGGCCUGGUGCUCAGUGGAUGUAUAUGAUUCUCCAGUUAUAGUCAUUGGCUCUUGUUUGGGGUCCAGAGAGCAGUUAGAAGUCUUACACAGAUCACCAUGGUUCAUUGCUUCAGCACACAGUAUUUCUAUAUUUUCCCACUCUGUCUCUGUGACCUCCUAUCUCCAGACCAAAUGACCGGUUUAGACAUUGAAAGGGGAAAUUGCAUGCAUUCCUCCAUAAUCAUAAGAGGUAUUUAAAUAUGCGCUUUAGAUAAUGAUGUGGUCCAGUUGGGAGCAUCCAAUGAAUUUUUCACAAAAGGAACUUUCUGCUAUUUACAUUCCUAAAAUGUAAUGUGGUUUACUUAUGCAGCUGGACGGGCCAUAUCAAAGCAUUCAUUCCCAAGUGCAGGCAGAGAGAGGGGGAGAAAAAAAGAGAGAGCGAGAGACAUGGGGGGUGCAGAGAAAAAGUUCAAAGCGUGUGAGGUCAAGCUUGAGGGUCACUCUCUCAGUGCUUUUUCACUGCCUGCAUGAAUACAUAACCGGCAAUUGACUUUCUAAUUGGGAGGGGGCUCAUAAAAAAUGCAGUCUAAUAAUAAGCAUUAUCAUGGGUCCUUUUUUGUUUCUAUCCUGUGUUUGUAAGUCUCACUGAGUCUGAGGCGAGCCGUGUAUUAAAUAAUUAUGGGGCUGCUGCUGUCUGCCUCCCAUUUGGAUUGAAGUUUUGCUUUAAAAUCCAAAAUGACAGCAGACCACUUCCCUCCAUCCCUGACUCAUGAAAGCCCAUCCCUGCUGGAUUUCCUCUGAUUGGAUCAAAGCUUUGACCUGUGUUUCCAGGUGACCUUUCCUGAUCCCACUGGUCCCUGCAGAGUAGGGACCCAUGCCGGGGCACCUGGGAAUUAUCUCAACAGCGGCGCAGUCGGCGGCUGUCACCAAGCUCUUGUCUUUUUGAUGUCACCUCUGACUCCAGCCUCUGUAGCGGUCGCCGGGGAGAUCUGAUGCCCUGGCUAUGCUGUGAAUAAUAGAAUAAAUCCACCUGUCUUGGUGCUGGCGUUGUCACCUGUGCUCCCCAUGAUGAAAUGUUCCCAUGCUUACCUUCAGGAGUGAUAUGUUCUUUCUGUCUCUUUCAGGCUACAAAGCCAGUCACUGGAUGCCAGCCAUGGGGGAGAGUUGUCGACAAGGUGGCUCAGCUGGCAGUGCCCAGGGCUCCCAGAGGGAACCAGAGCAGCCUGAAGUGGGGAGUCAAGGAUUCUGCGAGAUGACAUGA